ACAAGCACAAGCACAAGCAGAAGCAGCAGCAGCAGCAAAAGCAGCAACAAAGCAGCAACGCGCCGCAGGUAACGUAACGGGAAUACGGAUCCAGUAUACCGUCUUCAUUCGACACAUUCCCCAUUCUCGGUCGUAGGGAGAGCAGUAAAUACCAGGAAACAAGUCGUAGAAGUUUCUUGCUCGACCUACGUACAUACACACCUCAUCUCUACUCGCCUCUUAUUAUUACUUAUCAACGGUUUUCCACCUCACUCCACUUGUACGUACAUACAGAAUACACGCGUAAACAAUGUCUGCGCAAAAUCCCCAGCGCCAGCGCGAUCGCUCCCAGGGCACCCAGACCCAGGUCCAUACGGAAGCGCCCACCGGCUCCGCAACCCAGACCGGCACCCAAGCCCCGGCGUCGGCAGCCCCCGCCAUCCUGCGACUGCGCGGCGCGCACCCGGCUUCCGAUCACCGCGUCCAAUGGGCCGAGUCCGUAGUUGAUAAUGAGGGACUGGGACGGAAGCGGUCCAAAGUAUGCUGCAUAUAUCACCCACCCAGGCAGGCAGGCGAGUCCUCCGACGAGUCGUCAUCAGACGAUGACUCGUCGUCGUCGUCUGACUCAGACUCAGACCGCGGCAUGCCAGACUCAGACCCUCGGGAGAGGGCACUAGCAGCGCGACGGCGUCAACAACACGCCCACAAUCACAAUCAUGAUCACGACCACGACCACGACCAUAACCAUGGAAACGGAGGCGGAGGAGCCCAGCGCAGGCGCAGGCCAAGUCCUAACGCCUACGAACGGCAACCGAAACCAAAGCCCAGAUCUAACCCAGGAGGCGACGGGCGGAAUUCAGGCAAUCGAGGAAACCCCGGUGCUGGGGGCGGGACUCGAUGAAGAAGAGCCUAACCCAAAGUCCAGCCAGCCUACCAAGGCUUUCGCUCAAGACGACAUUUAACAGGCCGCAUAUUGAAUACAACAAACAAGUGCUCCGAUAUAAAAGCUAGGACAAACACCGUAAAAGCAAGGAGAUUACAGCAGCUAUGUAGAAAGGCGCCGACCCCAACCGCCGGGCGAAGGAAGUAACCUAUAAGAAUCCCGGAUCUGCAUUCCGAAAGGGGGGGAAAGGAGAGGAGAGGAGACAAAUACGACGUUCACAUUCGGGUAAUCAGCCAAUCGUCAGUCCGGUCGA